AAUUUAACGUGAAAAUCUUUUUGCGAGGACAACCAUUGAAGAUCUCUAUCGGAUGCUGAAGCUGAACAAUCUCCAAAAUGAAAUAUUUCGUUGUUUUAGUGUUUAUUUCAGUUGCUCUAAGCGCAAAUUUACCUGAAGGUACGAAAUUAUGUCACAAAUCAGAUAAUUUCAACGAAUGCCUCAAAGAUGCUCUUGAAGAUGCCCUCGGGAGAUUUGCAAAGGGUUUCAAACCACUGGGUAUCAAAGAGAUUGACCCUUUAACCAUCACAGAGUUCAGCAGUGAAAACGAGGGCUUUUCACAAUUCUUUAAGAAUGUUAAGAUUCAUGGAGGAACUAAUACCAAAUUCCGUAAAGUUAGGAUGGACUGGGACAAAUUGGAGUUAUAUAUCGAAUCAUUCACACCACAUUCUGAAAUGAUAGGUGAUUACUCAUUCAAAGGAACACUAAUUUCUUUCUCUAUAGACAGUGCUGGAAAAUUCAAGAUAGUUUCGGAUAAUAUUCUAUCUGAACACCAUAUCCAAAUGGAGAGGUUCCAAAAAAACGGAAAAAAUCACAUCAGAAUCGUCAGUUGGAAAAUCAAGAAUAAACCAACAUCUUUACAUUACUCUUUCGACAAUUUAAUUCCGGGUAAUGAAGAGUUAUCCAAAACCAUUAUGAAUACAAUGAAUGAGAAUGCACUUCAAAUUUACAAAGAACUGGGAGGAGCCUUCGAUGAAGUUUAUGGGGAAGUACACAAGACGGUUGGUAACCAAGUUUUCGGGAAAAUACCUGAAGAUGAAUUAUUUUUGCCUUGAUGGAAUUUGAAUAGUGUUUGAUAGUUUUUAUGGCUAAUAAAAUGUUGGAUAUUAUUGAUAUUGUAAUAAUAAUAGUGUAAUGAUUUUAAUAAUAUUGUAAUAAUUUCAUCGUAAAUAUCAUUAUCUUUGGUAAUUCACAUUUUUUUAAAAGUCCAUAUAGGUGUUUCAGGUAAGCGGGUCACUGCAUUUUGUGGCUUAUUCCUCAAGCAAAAUUAAAAGUGACCCAUCAAUAUGAAAGUAUUUUUCACGGGCUAUCCAAAUAUAUUAUUGGACAUGAGGCAAACAGUUGCUGUAGGUGUCAUCAAGAGCGUUUGCUUCAAAGAUGCCGGAGCUGGCAAAGUCACGAAAGCCGCAGAAAAAGCAACAAAGAAGAAGUAGUUCAGUUUUUAUGGAAAUUUUUAAAAUAUUUCAUACUACAUUUUGCAAUAAAACUGGAGUUAUUUUAUA